AUGAUUAAUCAAAGAGUAUACAUAAGAGCAACAGCUAGAAAGCAAUAAAAUCAACCAAAUGAUGACUUUUAUGGGGAAUAAUAAUAUGAUGAUGAGGUUUAAUAAUAUGAUUCAUUGCUGAACAAGAGAACUCAAAAAGAAUUUUUAAAUGAGGAAAGUAAAUCGAAAAAAACUCUAUAUCACUUUGAUAUCUCUAAUUAGUAAUGGAAUCCGACACUUUAAUAAAAUACCUAAAAUGAAUUGGUAAAAGAAAACAGUGUCCAAUUGGAAGAAAACUUCGAAUAAUAUUAAAACUAUAAAUAAAAAGGUUUGCAAUUAUUCAAAAUCGAUGACUUUUCAGUACUUGAAAUAAACGAGAUUAAUUACAUAGAAUAAUUCUAAGGACAAAAAGAUUAUUAACUUUUUGGAAAAAAGCAUAAAUAGAAUAUAAGCAAAAAAAUAUACAAGUACGUGUGCUGA